AUGGGGGGCCCGCCGGCCGUCGCCUGGAGCGCGCGGGUGCCCCUCCCCCGCGAAGGGGGGGGGGGGGGCACGCCGAGACGGCGCGCGCUGCGUCCCCCGGUCGCCGCCGACGGCAUCUCCGCGGGCGAACGCUUCGCCCGGGCUUACGCCGCCGGCGCGACCCGCGACGGUCCGCGCCCCGAGCCGAGCGGCGGACCGGCUUCCCGCCGUUCCGCAUCCGGCCGGGGCGCACCGCCGGCCCCCAUCCGCUUCCCUCCCGACAAUUUCAAGCACUCUUUGA